ACACCCCCACUCCCUUCUUCCUUUUUAGGUCUCUCAUUCUCUUUGCCCUGCAGACUGAAAGGCCAAAAGCCCAAAAGGAGCACAGAGAGAGAGAGAGAGAGAGAGAGUUUCAAACUUCUGUGUUAGUGUAUUAGUGUUAGAGACCAAAUUAUCAGAGAUCAGACUCAUACUGUCUCUCUUUCUCGUGUGGUGACCAAUGAAGUAAUGAACCAAGUCCUCAACCUCUUCUUCUCAGAAGAAGAAGAAGAUGGCUCAACAACAAGAACAACGACAGCUAGAAUCCAACACCUUAUUUGAUGCUCUCUACUGCGAAGAAGAGCACUGGGAGGAGGAAGAUGGGGCAGAGGAAUAUCUAGACAGAACAGAGACUGAGAGCUGUAACACCAACAACACUAACAACCCUUGUCUCCUACCUCCUCUGCUAUUUGAACAAGAACUGUUCUGGGAAGAUGAAGAGCUGGCCUCUCUCUUCUCCAAAGAAAAUCAGACCCACCUUAGCAUCGAUCCUGCCCUGGCCUCCGCUCGUCGAGAGGUGGUGGAGUGGAUGCUUAGGGUUAUUGCCCACUACGCCUUCUGCCCUCUCACCGCCGUUCUGGCUGUCAACCACCUUGAUAGGUUCUUCUCCAGCUUCGAUUUCCAGAGGGACAAGCCUUGGAUGGCUCAGCUCGCCGCCGUCGCUUGUCUCUCCCUCGCUGCCAAAGUGGAGGAAACCCAAGUGCCUCUUCUCUUGGACCUGCAAGUGGAAGAAUCCAAGUAUGUGUUCGAGGCCAAAACGAUUCAGAGGAUGGAGCUUCUGGUGCUCUCUACGCUUAACUGGAAGAUGAAUCCAGUGACCCCUCUUUCGUUCCUUGACCAUAUCAUAAGGAGGCUUGGAUUGAAAACCCAUCUCCACUGGGAGUUCCUCCGGCACUGCGAGCGUCUCCUCCUCUCCCUCCUCGCCGAUUCGAGAUUUGUUCAUUAUCUUCCUUCUGUUUUGGCUGCUGCGACAAUGCUGCACGUUAUCGAUCAGGUUGAGCCCGAUAAUCCAAUCGAUUACCAGAACCAGCUUAUGGGUGUACUUAAGAUUAGCAAGGACAAGGUGGAUGAUUGCUAUGAACUCAUCGUGGAAUCGACAUCAGGCCACCAUGGGCACAGCCAGAAACGCAAGAAUGAAUCGAUCCCGGGUAGCCCCAGUGGCGUCAUUGAUGCCAACUUUAGCUGUGAUAGCUCGAACGAUUCAUGGGCUGUGGCAUCAUUGGUUAGUUCUUCCCCAGAACCUCUGUUGAAGAGGAGAAGAGCUCAGGAGCAGCAGAUGCGUGUCCCUUCGCUCAACCGUGGGUUUGUGGAUGUGCUCCAUAGCCCUCAUUAGAGGAGAACUCUUCUCUCAUCUUCCAAUUUCAUCUUUUAUCACUCUCCUUAAUCCUCUUUAUCACCAGCAAACCCGUAGCCAGCCAUGUUAUGAGACAUUCUCUAUUUCAUAAUCUUUAUUUAUGUUCAAAGUUAAAUUGCCGGCCAUCUCUGCUUUUUCCAUCUGAAAAAAGUCCAGUACGGGAAACAUAUUAAUGAUCGCAAGAGAUUGAAAAUCAGAGAUGGCUGGGAAUUGUACUCUGGAGGAAAGAAGCAUCAAUGAGGACUACUAUUUGCAGUUAUAUAUUAUUAAAUGGGUUUGCCUUCCUA